AAUCCAGUUGAAGAAGAUAUCAAUCUUUGGCAUCUUGAGAGAUCUGGCGAGUGGCAUUAGAAAAGGCAUGUAGCCCAAAUACCCAUUUUGAUCACCCAAUCUGCGCCUUCCACAAACCAAAUUUUUGGAAUUUGUAGCCAGGAAGGAGGCUGGAGGACCCUUUUUAAAUUGGAUUCUUCUACUUCUACCCAUUACAAUGUUUCUUGCUUGUCCUAUUCGGAACUCGGCGCUUUCGAUUACAUUUGCGCGAAGAAUUACAUGCACUGGCAUGUCGAAACGAAGUUCAUCUUCCAUGCCAAUAACCUCAAACGAACCCCUUCCAGGAAUUUCAGGUGUUCAAUCUUCCAAUGGCGUUUCUAAGUCUGAAACUCGUGUAUUCGUGAGGAGAACAGUGAAGAAGAAGGCAGAAGGUCAAGGUAGCGGGCUUGACCUAGAACUUAAAGACGACUUUAAACACUGCUGUCCUAAUAUUGAAGAUUUUGCAUUCAAAAGAACAAAGGAUUCCCCUGGAUCAAGGAAGUCUAAGCCUCCUCUAGAUACCCUUCUCACCAGAAUUGAAGAUUCUAAUCCAACUAGACAAAAAGGCGUUGCAGAAGGAGGUAAACCCCCUGUGGAUUGGGAAAAAGUCCUUGAAGGAAUUCGGGAAAUGAGAUCGUCUGAAGUAGCUCCAGUAGACACCAUGGGAUGCGGGCGAGCUGGUAGUACUCUUCCUCCAAAGGAAAGAAGAUUUGCUGUCUUGGCAUCUUCUCUUCUCUCAAGCCAAACCAAAGACCACGUAACUCAUGGAGCAGCAUUGCGUCUCCAAGAAAGCGGUCUUCUUACAGCUGAUGCCAUGGACAAAGCAGAUGAAUCAACCAUUAAAAGCUUGAUUUACCCUGUUGGAUUUUAUUCUACAAAGGCUAAAAAUUUGAAGAAGAUUGCAAAAAUAUGUCUUAUGAAGUAUGGUGGGGACAUACCUAGAUCAUUGGAGGAGCUACUUCUACUGCCUGGGAUAGGCCCUAAGAUUGCACAUUUGAUCAUGAUUAUGGCGUGGAACGAUGUUCAGGGGAUAUGUGUCGAUACUCAUGUCCAUCGCAUUUGCAAUCGGCUUGGAUGGGUGUCUGGGAAAGGCUCAAAACAGGUAACUGUGGAAUUUGUACUGGACUCUACUUGUUUUCUAACAUGGAUGGAUUCUGACUCAGAUUUUGAAUUUCGUCCUUAAUGGACUUGCCUCCAUCAAAUGAAUCAAAUUCUUCCUAUUAAUUUGAAGUAUGCCACGCCUGAGUAUCAACAUCAAUUCCAUUAAUACUAGUAGAAGGAUAUACCUUACAUCAAAAUCUGUCUGUUCUAAGUGAGGAUGCUCUCAAAGUAAAUUUGGAGAUUUUGAUUCUGAGUAGUUUGGGUAAGGUUAAGGUUGCCAUCACCCACACAGGUGGUGUGUGAUAAUCAAGCUAUAAUGAGUAUCACUAAGAAUCUUGUUCAUCAUGAUAGGACAAAAUAUGUUUGUAACAACUCAAGUCCACCGCUAACAAAUAUUGUCC